AUGAAAGAUAACCUGCCCAGAGACGCAGAACUACAAAGAAUUCUGUCACUCUGCAACACAUCUGCCCUUCGGAGGAGCGUGCCAGGCACCCCGCACACGCACCAGCAGCGGCCACGCCAGUGGCGACCACCAGAGAACGAGCCCACAGGCAUUUUCUGCCCCCCUUUCCGCCACACACCCUCACACAACGCCGAGCCCUGCGAGCUGCUGCUGCGGCGGGGACGGGCAUCACCGUGGCUUUACCCCGGCCCGGCCUCUGCGCAAACGGGCGCGGAAAGCCGGGUGCUGGUGGAGGAGGGUGCUGCUGGUCAGGGUGCUGCGGGAGGGGGAGAGACACUCCUGCACAGCACCAGCCGCUUCUGGGGGGCUGUCACCCGGGAAAUAGGCUCUUACAACGGCCUCCGAGUGGAGAAGCCCCGCAGAGACCUCCCAGUGUUCCUGUCCACGCGUGAGGGUGAUUUGAGCUCCCCUCGUGAUGGGCAUCUGACCUGGGCCGGAGCGGGACCCGAUUAUGAGCAUCCCCACGGGGCGGUGAGGGGCUGCCACGCGUGGGGCCGAGGGGCCACGGGCCCACCCAGAUGGGUGAAAAUUUGGUUUCAGAAUAAAAGAUCCAAGAUCAAGAAGAUCAUGAAGAACGGGGAGAUGCCUCCAGAGCACAGCCCCAGCUCCAGCGAUCCCAUGGCCUGCAACUCUCCACAGUCGCCCGCAGUGAAAAUUUGGUUUCAGAAUAAAAGAUCCAAGAUCAAGAAGAUCAUGAAGAACGGGGAGAUGCCUCCAGAGCACAGCCCCAGCUCCAGCGAUCCCAUGGCCUGCAACUCUCCACAGUCGCCCGCAGUUUGGGAACCUCAGGGCUCAUCCCGCUCCCUCAGCCACCAUGCCCACGCACAUGCUCACCCUCCAAACUCCAACCCGUCCCCUGCAUCCAGCUACCUGGAAGGCUCCAGUUCCUGGUACCCUGCUGCCAACUCCAUCAACUCCCACCUCCAACCCCACAGCUCCCUACAGCACCCGUUAGCGCUGGCCUCUGGGACAAUUUAUUAGAGUCUGACCCUUUUUUUUUUUUUUUUUUUUUUUCCCUUGGACUCCCGUGUUUUGCUGUUAAGGAAUAAUAACAAAAAGAAUGCAUAUGGGGAAUUUUUAAAAGGGAAAACAAAACAAAACAAAAAGAUUAAAAUGUGUAAAGCUUGUGCAUGUAACUUAUUGCAUUUCAAAGGAAACCCUUUUUUAUACAAUACGGACAUUUUUUGGCUCAGCUGUGGACACUAUCAAUGGUGCCUUGAAAUCUAUGACCUCAACUUUUCCAGAGACUUUUUUUCAAUGUUAUUUUAACCCUGUAAAUAAUUGUAGAUAGAGGAAUUAAACUGUAUAUUCUGAAUCAAAUAAAAUUAUUUCGACCA